UUAAAAUUCAACUUUUCCGACAAGCUGAGCUUUUUUUCCCCGGCCACGUACUUUAUUUUCUACAAAAAUGUUCUAGUUGUUCGAUUUUUGAUCAAAAAAAAUCAUCUUAUGACCUGUUUUCAUUACUUUUUUCGGGUCCCCCGUAAUAUUUCUGCAGAAUUAUGUUAUUUUGAUUUUUUGCCAUAUUUUUUUGCAAUAACUCUUCCGGUAUAAAUAACGUUUUCAAUGCAAGAGUUUUCAAUUUUUUCAAGAAAAAAAACUUGGAAAAAAUGUUACGUGGAACUUUUAUUCUUCUGAUUUCGUCUCUGCUGGCAGUUGAGGCAUUUAUUCGCCCGUCGUAUUACGGUGGCGGUGGUGGAUAUGAUGAAGAUUGCGAUUGUGAUACUUCUAGUACGGUAGUAGUACCCACCAGUACACCUACCACAACUACAGAAGGUCCUACCACGACAUUGAAAUUGACAACCAUAUGCCUAGAGGGAUGGACAAAAUACCCAAGAACUCCAUCGGCAAGUAACAAUAAUCAGGACGCGUAUUGUCUCAAAUUCAUCUCAUCUAACACCACCAUCACCAUCAACAAUGCCUCUCAAAUAUGUCAGCAAGCCGGCGGACACCUAACUGCUUUUGAGAACGAGAUUGAACGACAAGCUAUUAUGGCAGAAGCUGGUGACCAUAUCACCAAGACCAUCAAAUCUACAAUCGGAGCAAUUGCGCUCGCUGGUGAUCGUAUCAAACAGUGCUCAACUAAAAAUUCAACAAUCAUCGAGAAUCCCCCGUGCAACGAUAAGACAAAAGUGUUCACCCUCCCACUUACGGCCCAGACGAAUCCAGAGUAUUUGUGGACAACUUGGGCUCAAGGAGAGCCAAGUGCAAAUUGGUGGGAAUACGAUAUCGAGGAUUGCCUCCAAAUGUUCAUAAAUCCGUCCAAUAACACCGGAGCAUCGGGACGAAUCAAUGAUUUCUACUGUAACAGGCUGGUGGCUCCGAAUGAGCCAGACAAUAUCCGAUACAUGAUGUACGGAGCGCUGUGUGGACGGGAUGUUGAAAUGGAGGCCGCUGGGUGAACAAAUAUUGAGAAUAUUUAAUGAAGAGAUGUAAAAUUU